CCCGAGACGAAUGUGCGUGACCGAGAAAUUCUAGCCUCGCAAACCCCUCUCAGACUUCAUCCAUCAUCCAUCGAGGACCGGCCAUCACCACAAACGAUAAUCAAGAUGGUCAAUCUGCGAACUCAGAAGCGUCUCGCCUCAGCCGUCAUUGGCUGUGGUGAGCGCAAGAUCUGGCUCGACCCCAACGAGGCCAGCGAGAUCUCCAACGCCAACUCGCGCCAGACGAUCCGAAAGCUCAUCGCCGAUGGUCUCAUCAUCCGAAAGCCCGUGACCCAGCACUCCCGAUCUCGUGCCCGCGAGCUCAACCUUGCCCGAAGGGAGGGACGACACCGUGGCCAGGGUAAGCGCAAGGGUACUGCCGAUGCUCGUAUGCCCAGCCAGGUUCUCUGGAUGCGCCGCCUCCGAGUCCUCCGCCGUCUCCUCGUCAAGUACCGUGCCAGCGGCAAGAUCGACAAGCACCUCUACCACGAGCUGUACCACAGCAGCAAGGGUAACACCUUCAAGCACAAGCGUGCCCUCGUUGAGCACAUCCACCGAGCCAAGGCCGAGAAGCAGCGCGAGCGUGCCCUCCAGGAGGAGAUGGACGCCAAGCGUGCCAAGAACAAGGCUGCCCGCGAGCGCAAGCAGGAGAGAGUGACGGCGAAGCGAAAUGCUCUCCUUCAGGAGGAGUAGACCACGUUGACGACGAUGACAUUUCGGUCUUGAGAGGAGGCUGCAUUCGGAGUCUACGGGUUGGGUCUUUUUUUACGCCCUUCUGGUUUCUACAGUCGUACCGGCGGGGGUUCUGGCAUGUAGCAUUCAAAAAUGGAAUCGAUGAUGCUCGGAUACAGGGUUAUUUUCCCAAAUGCAAGCCAUUGUGUGUGUAUGUGUGUAUUUGUGAGGGACAGAAGAGCGUCCACUCGUUGCCUGCUUGCACAUUGUACACUACUCGGGGCAACCUUGCAUUACAACUACCAGGCUGCUUGGAUGGACAAAGGUAGCAUAUCGUCCAAGGUCCUCGCUCCAAGGCUUGUGUCAAUCUUUCCCCUCAUCGAUUUCGAUAUCUACAACUUCCGAUGCUGGGUGUAAAUAUGACUUGCCUGGGACGAGGUGCAUGAAUCACCAGAUAGCGUCAUGACAUGGAGAAAAAAAAGUUUAAAAA